AUGCUGCUCGCUAUUCUGGCUGGUGAGCGUGCGGCCAAAAAAGCCAACCCGACAACACGCACGGCCCAUCGUGUUUCCGUCCCGCUCACCGGGCGCGUUCAACCCAUCUCGGACGCACCCAUACCCCAGGCCCUUGCCCAACAUCUGGAACACAAAGGCCUUACCAAACAGAUUACCCACGACAUCUCUCGUAACAUGGCCUCCAAACCCGCCAAACAGGCGUUCGAAACCAGGCAAAAGACAGGCGGCACACAACUCGUCAACGCCACGGACUCAACAGUCGGGGUCAACCCCAUGUCCCCCGGCCUCGAAGGCACUGGCACACUUAUCGCCAGCCCGCCACAACCGCGGAAUAAUAACUUCACCAUACCCAUCAAUACCCAACCCCUCAGUAACCAGGACUCGCUCUACAAUUGA